UUGAUUGUCAGUUACGGGGCCAGAAGGGCAGCAGGGGAGGCCACAGAAGGCUUAAGUCUGGCUCUUGGGAUUCCUGGCACCCAAAAGCGCCACCUGCCCACCCUGCACCCUCACCUGCUGCCAGAGCCAUGGGGGCUGGGGCCAGCGCUGAGGAGAAGCACUCCAGGGAGCUGGAGAAGAAGCUGAAGGAGGACGCUGAGAAGGAUGCUCGAACAGUGAAACUGCUGCUCCUGGGUGCGGGUGAGUCCGGGAAGAGCACCAUCGUCAAACAGAUGAAGAUUAUCCACCAAGACGGGUACUCGCUGGAAGAGUGUCUGGAGUUCAUUGCCAUCAUUUACGGCAACACACUGCAGUCCAUCUUGGCCAUUGUGCGCGCCAUGACCACGCUCAACAUCCAAUAUGGAGAUUCGGCGCGCCAGGACGACGCCCGCAAGCUGAUGCACAUGGCCGACACCAUAGAGGAAGGCACCAUGCCCAAGGAGAUGUCCGACAUCAUCCAGAGGCUGUGGAAGGACUCGGGUAUCCAGGCCUGCUUCGAACGCGCUUCCGAGUACCAGCUCAACGACUCGGCGGGCUACUACCUCUCAGACCUGGAGCGCCUGGUGACCCCGGGCUACGUGCCCACCGAGCAGGACGUGCUGCGCUCACGAGUUAAGACCACUGGCAUCAUUGAGACACAGUUCUCAUUCAAGGACCUCAACUUCCGGAUGUUCGACGUGGGCGGGCAGCGCUCGGAGCGCAAGAAGUGGAUCCACUGCUUCGAAGGUGUGACCUGCAUCAUCUUCAUUGCCGCGCUGAGCGCAUAUGACAUGGUGCUGGUGGAAGACGACGAGGUGAACCGCAUGCACGAGAGCCUGCACCUGUUCAACAGCAUCUGCAACCACCGCUACUUCGCCACCACCUCCAUCGUGCUCUUCCUCAACAAGAAGGAUGUCUUCUCCGAGAAGAUCAAGAAGGCACACCUUAGCAUCUGCUUCCCAGACUAUGACGGGCCCAACACCUAUGAGGAUGCGGGCAACUACAUCAAGGUGCAGUUCUUGGAGCUCAACAUGCGGCGGGAUGUGAAGGAGAUCUACUCCCACAUGACAUGCGCCACCGACACACAGAACGUCAAGUUCGUCUUCGACGCCGUCACCGAUAUUAUCAUCAAGGAGAACCUCAAAGACUGUGGCCUCUUCUGAGGUGGGGUCCUUGACAGCCUGGACAACACUGCCCCCUCCUGCCGGCUA